AUAAUAUUUUAUCUAUUGGAACUAUAAAUUUAGUUGGAGGAAGCUACGUGCCAAUGAAUUGGCAUCGGUUUUUAUAUAGGUAUCACGUGAGUGCACGCACAAGAGCCUGAAAUUAUCGUCUAAUUAGGCCCCGACGUAUACGUCUCUCGCGGAGAAAAUUGAUUUUCGGGCCACUCGCACGUAUGACUUGUCGUUUAAAAUUUCAUCGGCGUGUCGUCUCAACUGGACGGCCAGUUAAGUGCCGCAGAAAUUAAUACAUUAAGCAGCUCCGCCGCUAUAUAACUACACACAGCUCUCUAAGACAUCGGAGAAAAAGGAGCGACGAUCACUCGCGGAGUUAAGUGACAUUCCGGAUGAUCCAGUUCGGAGGCUAGUUUAACGCACGGCCGGAUCUCACUUUCAUCGAGGAUAGCUUGGCUGUAGACUCGAGAUUGACAAAUUGUCAAUGUCGUAACGUGACCGAGUAGUCCGACUCGAUUUGGAGGAUCGUUAGGGAACGCGACGCGGGUUUUUCGAUCCUUAUCCUCGGGCGCUACACUAGUGCCGCUGCUGCAGCAGUAGCUAAUAUAAUAUGAGCUUCGCUUCUUAUUAUCUUCGGCAGCGCACCUGUGUGCUACUCUCGUUGCUUUUCGAGCGGAAGCUUGUAGAGCAGACGUAUCUCGCGCGCGCGCGCCGGACUUACGUAAGGAUGUAAUACGAAGAAAGUCGAAAUGGAUAUUUUUAUGUUAAUGACUGCUGCUUCGGAGGAAAAUAUUAUUUCGGGCGUGUGUGUGUAUUAAUAUUCUUAUUGCGAGAUAUGGUCCAGAUCGUAUCUCGCGCGUACAGAACUCGAUUCGCGAUGUUAUAACGUUCACCUUUUUUUCCCGUACUUACAACCGUAUUGUAAUGUUGCCGACGAGUAAACAGGAUUGUUACUGACUGCGAUUAAUUAUCGGGCAUGCGAGAACAAUUUUCGCGGCUCGAUCGUGUUAAAUUAAUUAUAUACACGCGAAGGCGAAAGUCAUCCGCAGUGUCCUGGGCCCUUUACUCUCUGAUAUUGAUUGAUCUUAUCUCGUAAUUCGAGAUCCAGACAAUCAAUCUAGAUACGCGGCGCUGGACCAGAGCUUUUUUUUAAUGAGCUGAAAAAAAGAUCAAGCGAAACCGAAAACUUUUUACUUUCGUUUUAAGUAUGCGGCGUUGUGUAUGCAUCUUUUUCCUCUUGUUAUAUUUAUGAGAAAAGAUAAUGCGGAUAACAUUUUUUUCCUGUCGUAAUAAAUUAAACAAACACACGCCGGCGAUUGCAUCUUUAAUGCCGUUAUUAAGGAUAAUAAUAAUACGCGCUUAUAAGACACGGACUAAUUGUUAUAUAAUUGCGUAUUAUGAUACGGUUGAAAAAUGUGAUAUUAAUCGCCGCUACCAUAUACGCGGUGUUAAUAUCUCGGUGGUCCUAAAAAUCCUAAAUAAUCUCAUUAGAGUCGAGAGAUAUAUAUGUAUAUAUAAGUCAGUUUCCCAACAAGGCAAUUUAAAUGCUUAAUUUAAAUCACUUAUGCAGAAUAACCCGAUUCACUCUAUAAUCGCACCGUUCGGACGCCGAUCGUUCACCCUUUAGGGCUCAGAAGCCGCUCUCUCAUCCCAUUCAACCAAAUUUAUCGCAGCUCAGUGGGUAUCAAACGGCGGCGAGUGAUGCAUCACAAAUGGCUUCGAGGAAAUCGGGCUUUGUCAUUGUGGGAUACACAAUAGCCCCUCGACAGGCUCGAAAGCAAACUUUCGAGGCGAGACUGCGUCAAUUUAGUCGAUCGGCUCUGUAUUGUUUGGGCUUAGCAAUUUGAUAAUGUGCCUGUAUGACGGUUAUUACCUGCGCCGUUGACAACGUAAUAGGUACAGUUUCCAUUGAUGUCAAGCGUUGAAAUGAACUAGUUUUUACGUUCUUUAUAGUAUAUUAAGUAAAUACGCUAAUGUGACAAUUGUUGUGAAGCGCAACUCUAUACGUAGGAUGAGUUCGUUUUGUAUGGACUUUUUGGAGCUUCAACGAGAAUUCCGCGAAGGGUUAUCUCUUCUUUUCAUCGUGUGCAGCAAGAUUAAUAAUAUGAGAAUGCUACUCGAAUAUAUAAGGAUCGAGAAGCUUGGCUUGAUCAUGCAGUCAUCGUUUGCUCGAGUCUCAUCCAACUUGUGGGACCAUGAAAACCAUUGGGAAGAUUUUUCUCCUUUGCCUCGUAGCAUUGGCUACAGAGGCCAAAAAGGCCAGAUUAUCCAAACUCGCUCAAACAGCGAGUCCCGGAGAAUUCCCUUACCAGGUCGCAAUUUUUCUCGAUAGAAAAUUCCACUGCGGAGGCGCUUUGAUCAGUAAAACACACGUGCUGACCGCCGCUCACUGUGUCCAGCCUAUGACCAACGUUCCUUAUGCCCUAGGCCAAAGGGUAGUGGUUGAAGUUGGAUCGGUCAGACUACGUUACGGUCAAAGUCACAGGGUCGUAAGAGCAGCUUACCAUCGCCAAUACAACCAUCCUUCUUUCGGAAGUACUUUCAUUCCCAACGAUAUUGGCGUCCUUACUCUGAAAACUCCGGUCACCGAGUCGGCCAAUGUCAAAAUUAUCGCUCUGCCUUCAGCGGGAACGGUGGUUCCCGUUGGUGCAAAAGUCGUCAUCUCUGGUUUCGGUUCGAGCAUACCUGGUGGUCCAACCUCGCCCGUAUUGAAGAAGGAUACUUUCGAAGUCAUCACUCAGGAUGAGUGCGACCGGUAUUACCGAUCGGUUCUUCGGUUCACGAUCGCGAGUUUUCACAUUUGCGCUAAGAGCCAGCCCGGUUACGGUACUUGCCACGGUGACAGCGGCGGCCCACUCGUCUACAACAAGCAGCUGGUCGGUGUCGUUUCCGGAGGAGACGGAAAAUGCGCCACGGGCAUCCCCGACAUCUAUACCAAGGUUGCGAGCUUCUUGGACUUUAUUAAGCAUCAGAUGAAUGCCAAGCCUGGGCAGGGUCAAGGACAGCUUCGUCCGGCUGGAAACCCCUUCGAGCCACAGAUUCCAGGAGCGUGGGAUCCCUUCCAACCUCAGGUCGUCCCAGGACAGUACCCAAUUUACCCGUACCCGCCGCAGAUAAUAUACCAAUGAGAUUCCACUUGAACUGUUGUAUUUGUUAAAUAAAUUUGUUCGUUCUACCUCAA